AUGUCUCAAGCGGACGAAUACGGCGGAGGUUAUUCGCCCUACGGCAGCGUUGCGGGAAACUCCGGUGUUGCUGGGCGCGUAUGUGCUUACUCGCAUUUAUUAUCAUUCUUGUUGAUCUUGCUUAAGAGGAGCGAUGUCUCUCAUUCCCUUCGUCCACUCACUAUCUCCCAGCUUCUGAAUGCAACCCAAGCCCACUCUGACGCAGAAUGGAUGCUAGAAGACAUGGAAAUAGGGCAUGUGACUUGUGUCGCACAUGUUGUAUCCGUCCAGAACCAGGCAACUAAUCAUGUGUACGAGCUUGAUGAUGGAACGGGUCGCAUAGAAGCGCGUCAUCAGACGGAUUCGUCCCUAGAAGAAGAUGCCGAUAAAGAAGCGGGAAUAAAGCAAGUGAAUAUUGUCUACAAAGGGACCUAUGUUCGUGUGCUGGGCAACUUGAAGAUGUUCGGUAGCACGCGCUACAUCAACGUCAACCACAUUCGACCCGCGAAAUCUGCAGAUGAGAUUGAUCUUCAUCCCCGUGAGGCGGUGACGCCCACCAUGAUGCGGGAACGAGGACCGGUCAAAUCUCAUUCUGUUGCUCAAUCCGACGACGCCACCCAAUCCCAUGGCGGAGCACUGAUCGACAGUCAAUGGGCUCAUCUUUCCGAGUUAAAUCAGAAUAUACUUCAGUUUAUAAAGGAUCAGCCAGCAACAGAGGAAGGCGUCGACUCAGCAGCAAUACUUGGAGCAUUGGAGACCACUGCUCUGGCAUUAGACCAAGCGUUAGAACAAUUGAUGAAUGAUGGGCUGAUCUACUCUACCGUCGACGAGUCACACUUCCAACUCACACAGGACCUUUCUCCAUUCCUAAUAUACCAUCUCAGGGUCCGCUCGCCCUUUCCGUGGGGUCUAGGAUUUCAUACCUUUCCUUAA